CCAUUCGGGGGCCGCUCUCCCCAGAGCUGCCCAGAAGCAGCGCGCCGGCGGCUCCAAGGCUUCCUGCUCCCCCUCGCGGGGGGCUAGCUCCUCACUCCGCCGGAUCCUCUUUCCCGCCUGGUGUCCCAGGGGGGCCCAAGUGUGGGAAGUACGAGUUUCCGGCCCUGCUUGUUUUUUUUUUUUUUUUUUUUUUUCCUUUUCUUUCUUCUUUCCCCUCAGCACUUUGGGCCGUUUUUGGGCCGUUCGUGCUCCGGCCGGCAGCUCCAGUCUGCUCGCCUGCAUCUUCCAGGCAGCGGCGUGCGGGCCACCCUCUCGGAGCAGCCAGUAUCUCCUCCACCAGUGGAUCCCCGCGGCCAGGCGGAGGAGGAGGAAGAGGAGGAAGAGGAGGAGGAGCAGCAAGGAGGAGGAGGGACAGGAACCAUGAAAGUGCUCAGAGACCAAGGCUGGGGCUGGGCGGAACGAGGACAGUCCGGGAGUUCUGGGGAGUCCUGAGCCACGUCCCUCCCGCCUGCAGCCGGGCCAGCUGGGCCGGGCCGAGGAUCAGGCCUUGCUGCAAGCCCUCAGCGGAGGGAAGGAAAGGAGGAGAGGGCUGACUCGUGCCCCGCCUAGAGGGGCUGCUGUGCUCUGUCCACUGGCUGGCAGGCGGCCGCUGGGGAGCGGAUGGUGCUAGCGCGCCCUGGCUCCAGCCAAACUAGCUUCACCCGGUGCGUCCGGCCAGCCAGGGGCCCUUCGGGAAGACCCGCCCCGACGAGAGGGAGGGCUCCGACGGAGCAGCCCGGGGAACGAGCAGAGGCUGCGGGCAGGGAGAGGGGCAUGAGGCAGAGAGCACGGGGCUGCGGCCAAAUCAGAGGCCCUACCCGCGCGCGAGCCACGCAGUCGGUGGGUCUGGGAUGGAGGUCUGCUGGACGGUCCGCUUCUUGCUGCUGCUGGGAGGCUGCUUCUCCCUGCCGCCACAGUCGCCAUCGGAGCCCAUCUGUCCGGAGCGCUGCGACUGCCAGCACCAGCAGCACCUCCUGUGCACCAAUCGGGGGCUGCGCGCAGUCCCCAAGACUAGCGCCCUGCCCAGCCCGCAGGAGGUGCUGACCUACAGCCUCGGGGGCAACUUCAUAGCCAACAUCACAGCCUUCGACUUCCACCGCCUAGCUCAGCUGCGGCGCCUCGACUUGCAGUUUAAUCAGAUCCGUUCGCUGCAUCCCAAGACCUUCGAGAAGCUCUCACGUCUGGAGGAGCUCUACCUGGGCAACAAUUUGCUCGACGGUCUGGUCCCAGGUACCCUGGCGCCCCUGGCCAAGCUGCGAAUCCUCUAUGUCAACGGCAACGAGAUCGGCCGGCUGAGCCGGGGCUCCUUCGAUGGCCUGGAGAGCCUGGUCAAGCUGAGGUUGGAUGGCAACUCCCUUGGCUCGCUGCCCGACUCAGCCUUCGCGCCCUUGGGCAACCUACUUUACCUGCACCUGGAGGCCAACCGAAUCCGUUUCCUGGGCAAGAACGCCUUCGCUCACCUGGGCAAGCUGCGCUUCCUUAACCUGUCGGGCAAUGAGCUGCAGCCGUCGCUACGCCACCCCGCCACCUUUGGGCCGCUGCGCUCCCUCAGUACUCUCAUCCUGUCGGCCAACAAUCUGCAGCAGCUGGGCGGUCGCGUCUUCCAGCAUUUGCCCCGGCUCGGCCUGCUUUCCCUAAGCGGGAACCAACUAGCUCACCUGGCGCCCGAGGCCUUCGUGGGACUGGGCGCCCUGCGGGAGCUGCGCCUCGAAGGCAACCGGUUGCGCGAGCUGCCCUCGACGCUGCUGGACCCUCUGGGCAGCUUGGAGAUCCUGGACCUGAGCCGCAACGAGCUCUCGGCCCUGCACCCGGCUGCUUUCCGCCGUCUGUCCCGGCUGCGCGAGCUCAACCUGCGGGACAACGCUCUGGACUCGCUGGCCGGGGAUAUCUUCGCCGCCAGUCCAGCCCUCUACCGCCUGGACCUGGACGGCAACGGCUGGAGCUGCGACUGCCGCCUGCGCGGCUUGAAGCGCUGGAUGGGCCACUGGCACUCUCAGGGCCGCCUGCUGACCGUCUUCGUGCAAUGCCGCCACCCUCCAGCCCUGAGCGGCAAGUACCUGGACUACCUGGACGAAGGGCAAUUGCAGAACGGCUCCUGCCAGGCCUCGGCGGCCUCCUCUUCUUCCCCUCCCUCAGUCCUGCCUGCAGUCUCUACCGCUGCUGGGGCCAAGGAGGAGCAGGGGGCUCCCCCUCUUGGUGGUUUGGGGAAACCCCAGCCGCAGCAGCAGCAGCGCUGGCGAACCCUCCCCGGGGUGACCUGGGACAAAGGGGUCCAGACACACAGCAGCAACCAGAGCGGCCUCAAACUAAGCCGGCGGGGUCCAGACCCCCAGCACCCGUCCCCCUCCUCAGCACCCGUAGAUCUGUUGGAGGAACCCGAGGGGACCCGCCCAGCCUGGGAAGAUAACGGUCCCUCCCGAUCUACCCCGAGCUUCCAGGGGGACGCCGCAUCUAGCUUUGCCCCUUCUCCCUCCAGUGACUCCUGGCAGAGGGCGGAGAAGCAGCGCCUGGCCCUGAAGCCUCAGGAGCGGGCCGCUUCAUCCGUGGCCCAGGAGAUGCUGCCCCCACUGGUGUCCGAUCCGUGCGACUUCAACAAAUUUAUCCUUUGCAACUUGACGGUGGAGGCGGUGGGCACGGAUACCGCCACGGUGCGCUGGGCUGUCCGUGAACACCGCAGCCCGCGGCCGCUGGACGGCGCCCGCUUCCGUCUGCUCUUCGACCGCUUUGGUCAGCAGCCCAAAUUCCACCGGUUUGUCUACCUGCCUGAGCGAAGCGACACUGCCACCCUGCGGGAGCUGCGAGGGGACACGCCCUACCUGGUGUGCGUGGAGGGCGUGCUCGGGGGCCGGGUAUGCCCCGUCGCCCCCCGGGACCACUGCGCAGGUCUGGUCACCCUGCCAGAAGCCGGGCACGUCGGGGGCCGCGCUGGAGGCGUGGACUACCAGCUGCUGACCCUGGUACUGCUGGCUGUCAACGCUCUGUUGGUGUUCCUGGCCCUGGCGGCCUGGGCAUCCCGCUGGCUGCGGAGGAAGCUGCGGGGCCGACGGAAAGGGGGAGCCCCGGUGCACGUGCGCCAGAUGUACUCCACCCGACGGCCUCUUCGCUCCAUGGGCACCGGGGUCUCCGCAGACUUUUCGGGUUUCCAGUCGCACCGGCCUCGCACUGCAGUGUGCGCCCUCAGUGAGGCCGAUCUCAUUGAAUUCCCCUGUGACCGAUUCAUGGACAGCGGGGGUGGCAGCGGAGGGAGCAGACGGGACGACCAUCUCAUGCAGCGCUUUGCAGACUGAGGCUCAGUGAUUGGGUGGGUGGGCGCAGGGAACGCGGGGGUCCCUCUCGAAGGAGCAAACUCGCUCCUCGAAGUCUCCCCAGUAGGGAGCUCUUUCCCUCCAGCCCUCCCUUCGUGGCCUUUUUUGCCCUGGGUCUCCACCCUCAGUAUAUGGAGUACUAGACUAACCAAGCCAGAAAAAUAAUCAGGCUGGGGGACUGCUGCUGUGUGAACGGAUCGGGAUCAUUCCCUCUGCUACCCGUCCCAAGGGGUCAGCUUCGGUUUUGUUUGAGUAGAAAAUGGAGGAAUUAAUUGUGAUUCUCACCUCAGCUGAAUCGCCCUUGGCUCAAGCCUUGGUGUGUAAUCGCUGCCCUCGAAAGACUCACCUUGGUUUUCGUUUCCAAAACCGGAGGAACUUCCGAGCCUCCUGGAGAGGUCCAGGCAGCCGCCCCUCCAGGCCCCGACGCCGCUGCGGAGGCUAGGAAACGGAGGCGAAGUUUCUCCCGGCUUAAGCCCUGGGGCACCAUAUUCCUGCUUGCUGAGGACUCAUUCCGGUGCUGUUCCGAUUUUAUCUGCUGAGACAAAUCCACAUGGAUUCUUUGAAACUGUGAAGAAGACUCUGCCAGUUCUGACAUUGAACCAACUCCGACGUACCACUAAUGAGCACCGAGGUUUGCUAGCCAUGCUCGGCCGGAAGCUAUCUCAAGUUCAAUAAUGAAAUAACAAAGUAGGCAAACUGGGAGCUUUCCUUGCCCGAAGCUCUAGUACCUGUGGUGGAAGACGGGACUUCUCCGGCUGGGUUGGUCCAGCUCCUCUUGCCAGCCUACGGCAAAGGAGGAUACAGUGGCUGGUUGGAUGCCCAAGGAAUGCCUGAAGCUGACUUGAUGGGCACUGGAAGCCUCCGGGGUCUCCUCAAGGUCACCGCAUCUCUGACAGCUGGCAGUAGAAUAAACAUCAGGGGGGGACUUGAUCAGAGAUUUUACAGAAAGCAUCCAGUGGCCCAGUUCCCAUUUAGUCUGUAGUUAGAAGGUAAAUCUGAUUUCCUAAUUGGAGAAGUGGGUGAGGAGGCCAACUCUUCAGUGAUUUCCAGCCAUGGCUGAGCCCUUCAAUGCCUUAUUCUAUAUUGAAUGGAAGAAGUUGUGGGCACCAUGUGAAAUUGCCCUGUGCCAAUGAGUGUCUUUCUACUAAAGCCAGCAGAUUCUUACAAGGGUUUAGCCCUCACUGUGAAAGAAUGAUUAUUUUUUUAAAUUAACCCAUAUGUUAAAUGCCCAGUGUUUGACUCUGCUAUCAGAUAGAGAUAAAGUUACAUCCUAGCUUUUAGAAAAUACUUGUAGUCUUUCUUUUUUUAAAAAACCUGGUUUUGUUUCCAGAACUGAGGGUAAAACUCUAAACUUGGAAGUUCUUAACUUUAUGGGAUUGUUUUUCCUUCCUUUGUAUUUACUCAA